UGAGAAAAGCAUUGAAGUUUAAAAUCUGCUAUUCAGUUUUCUUCAGCUCCCUUGCAAGAUACUUAAUUUGAGUAGAAAACAGAAUAAAGUGUCCCCACUGAGGAAAGUAACAGGAGGACUGUUCACAAUGAGUUGGGAAAUCCAAGCAGUCCCACCACAUCUCAGUUUGUGCACUGGUGGUGGUGUGUCCACGGUAUCACUUUUAUAGGACUUUAAGAAUGCUGCUUCUGUGAAUAAAAUACACUUUAUUCUUAGCAUUUCAGUUGUGAGUUUUGAGAUGUGUAAAACCUCUGUUAGUGGUUUCUUAUGGAAUUACUCUGCUUGUUCUUAAAAAAAAAAAAAAAAAAAAAAGUACCUACAAGAUUCCGAAGCACAUAAUCACUUUAAAAAAGGGCUGGGUGUGGUGGCUCACAGUUGGUAAUCCCAGCACUUUGGGAGGCUGAGGUGAGCAGAUUGCUUGAGCCUGGGAGUUUGAGACUAGCCCGGGCAACUUGGCGAAACCCCAGUUCUACUGAAAACAUAAAAAUCAGCUGGACAUAAUGGCUGCAUGCCUGUAGUCCCAGCUACUCAGGAGGCUGAAGUAAGAGAAUCGCUUGAGCCUGGGAGGUGGAGCUUGCAGUGAGUGGAGAUCACACCACUGCACUCAAGCCUUGUUGACAGAGUGAGACCCUGUCUCAGAAACAAAUAAUAGCAAUGACAAUAAUAAUAAUAAUGUAUGGGUGAACUGCCUGGCUGCUCUGUCUAAACUAGAGUAGAAUAAAUCCAAUUAUGUUUUAGUCUUUUUUUUAGUAUUGAAAUUUUCUUCAUUAAUCAUCCCUGUUGUUCAUUAUAUUGCAGCAAUAUAUUGCUGCUUAGACUCCAGAACAAGUAGGCAUCUCUUGAUCAGGUUCUUACUUGAUUGCUAAAAUUAGGAAUGAUUUUCCACCUCCUGGGAUGUGAGUUACAGAACUUGGACUUUUGAGGUUAUGUGCUGCAUGUGACAACAGACAUAGGAACACCCAAAGAAAUCAUUUACGUGCUACAACGUACAUGCUUUGUAGCAUUUCCCUCCUAGAAGGAAAAUGAUACCUCUCAUUUGUGGGUUGAUUCUGCUGUUUCCUGAAAACACGUUUAUUAACUGCCUUAGUCCACAGUUGGGUAGCGUGCCCUGUUCUUUGUAGGAAAUUCAGGGAGUGGGGACAUCUUGACUCUUGAGAGGCUCUCUCUGCUGUGGGAGAUCUCAGUCUUAUAGCAGCUUAUUAACUGAAUCCUGUUGACUAUCAUUUACUGGAGAACGUGGUUUCCUGGCUGCCCUUGUCUUUAAGGGAGGCAGCUCUGUGGAGCUUUCCCGGGAGGGACACUGACGGGUCAUUUUCUCACCUGGACCCACGUGUUAUUAAACCUGGCCUGUGGAUCACUGGAUCUUUUAUAAAGGAAAAACUGUAUCUGUGACUUUCAGAUGAGUGGAGGUUAUGUUAAAAAAGAGCAUUCACUUAUUUUUUGGCUACCGUGGAGAAGUUUUGUCCUUGUAACCCAUAAAUACAGUCACUGGAGCAGAAUGUUCACAGUUUGGGUUCUUAGAGUGUACAUUUAAAGUCACAUUCUUCACAAGUAUUAUGUUAAGUGACAAAUAAUAGAACAAAUAUUUUCCUCAUAGUCUCAGUAAGAAGCUGGUCUACUUCUUUGGUUUUGGAGUGAUGUGAAAGGAAUAUUGAGAAAGUGUCACGAACAUUAGACUCGCCCACUCUGCAAAUCCUGUGCUGUCUGGAAUAGGGGGCCCCGAGGUGGAGAGAUGCAGCCCCCUGCCCUGAAGGAGCUGAGGAAUUUUUGUGUGGCUCAGGAUGCAUAGUCCCCAGCAACAUAAAGGCAGAGUGAAACGCCAUGGAGGCUGAGAGAAGAGGUGUGGCUAGCGGGUAUGAGUGAGAUGUUUUGGGCAUGUUAGCCAAGCUUGCUGCACACAUGCCAGGUGCUGUCUGCACACGUGUGAUCCUUAGAACACUGGCAUGUGGAGCCAUGAGGCUGUGGAGGCCCCAGCUCACUGCAGGCUGAGUCGACCCGUUACCACUGAAAUAACUGUGAUCGAAGGCUGUCGCUCAAUCUGGAGUCCUGGAAGGGGCUCCUUUCAGAGAGGAAAACACUCCUAGAGCCUUAGGGGCAGAGUUCAGUGACUUUUAUUAUAAUGUUGCUUAGAAUUUGCAAACAUGAAACCAAAAACAUACUCCAGAAUGCUUACAGUUCUGUUGUAACCAUGGAUACAAAGGAAGUCACAGUCAAUGGGCAGUUUUUAGAAGCUGAACUGCUUGCAUCAUGGGCAUGGUGCUCUCCCUAACAUGCUGGGCCUUGCUCCAGUUUGCUGUGGAGGCUUUGCAGGGCCUCUUGGGCAGGAUGCCUCUUCUACAUCCUGAUCACAGCUGUGCUGCUGGGCACUGGUGUCAUGAGGACACUGAGUGGACAUGAAGCACACAGGGAAGCAGCUGGUCACUAGGUGGCCAUCCAGAUAGUCCAAAACAGAUCUCCAUUCAUUGUUUUUUUUUUUUUUUUCCAUUCAUUGUUAAAAAGUCAUUGCAACAAAAACACCAAGUGAAAGAAAACUGUCUAUUGACUUGAGAAUACGUUGGCUGAGUUGGAUGGGGAAGUGCAAUGAGGAAGGCGACAUCACACAAAAAGGAUAUGAAAAGAAGAGGUCAAAGUUAAUUGGAGCCUACCUGCCACAGCCUCCGACAGCAAAUGGAGCUGCCGUGGUUCGGUGUAGACUGCAGCACAGUGAAGGAGUGCCGAGAAGAACGUUCCGCUCUGCUCACAUCGGGGUGUGUGACGUCCGAGAAGCCGCGGCCCGGGAGCGGGUGGCCAGCACCGCAGGGAACCGGCCUCUGUUUUACUUUCGUUUCGGGGUGGACCAAGCUUUGCCGCAAGAACGCCGGCCUCCCGUCACUCCUUCCUCUGCCUCCCGCUACCACCGCCGACGGUCUUCAGGGUCACGAGAUGAGCGCUAUCGGUCAGAUGUCCACACAGAAGCUGUCCAGGCGGCUCUGGCCAAACACAAAGAGCGGAAGAUGGCAGUGCCUAUGCCUUCAAAACGCAGGUCCCUGGUCGUGCAGACCUCCAUGGAUGCCUAUACCCCUCCAGAUACCUCUUCUGGCUCAGAAGACGAAGGCUCAGUGCAGGGGGACUCCCAGGGCACCCCUACCUCCAGCCAAGGCAGCAUCAACAUGGAGCACUGGAUCAGCCAGGCCAUCCAUGGCUCCACCACAUCCACCACCUCCUCAUCCUCCACGCAGAGCGGGGGCAGCGGGGCCGCCCACAGGCUGGCAGACGUCAUGGCCCAGACCCACAUAGAAAAUCAUUCUGCACCUCCUGACGUAACCACGUACACCUCAGAGCACUCAAUACAGGUGGAGAGACCGCAGGGCUCCACGGGGUCCCGGACAGCACCCAAGUAUGGCAACGCCGAGCUCAUGGAGACCGGGGAUGGAGUACCAGUAAGUAGCCGGGUGUCAGCAAAAAUCCAGCAGCUUGUCAAUACCCUCAAACGACCGAAAAGACCACCUUUACGAGAAUUCUUUGUCGAUGACUUUGAAGAAUUAUUGGAAGUUCAACAACCAGAUCCAAACCAACCAAAGCCGGAGGGGGCCCAGAUGCUGGCCAUGCGCGGAGAGCAGCUGGGUGUGGUCACGAACUGGCCACCAUCGCUGGAGGCCGCACUGCAGAGGUGGGGCACCAUCUCACCCAAGGCCCCCUGCCUGACCACCAUGGACACCAAUGGGAAGCCCCUCUACAUCCUAACUUACGGCAAGCUGUGGACAAGAAGUAUGAAGGUUGCUUACAGCAUUCUGCACAAACUAGGCACAAAGCAGGAACCCAUGGUGCGGCCUGGAGACCGGGUAGCGCUGGUGUUCCCCAACAACGACCCGGCUGCCUUCAUGGUGGCUUUCUACGGCUGCCUGCUGGCAGAAGUGGUCCCUGUGCCCAUCGAGGUGCCGCUCACGAGGAAGGAUGCAGGGAGCCAGCAGAUAGGUUUCUUGCUUGGAAGCUGCGGAGUUACUGUAGCCUUGACUAGUGAUGCUUGCCAUAAAGGACUUCCAAAAAGCCCAACAGGAGAGAUCCCACAGUUUAAAGGUUGGCCAAAGCUGCUGUGGUUUGUCACAGAGUCGAAGCAUCUCUCCAAGCCACCCCGAGACUGGUUCCCUCACAUUAAAGAUGCUAAUAACGACACUGCUUAUAUUGAGUACAAGACGUGUAAGGACGGCAGCGUUCUGGGCGUGACGGUGACGAGGACUGCACUGUUGACCCACUGCCAGGCCCUGACGCAGGCGUGCGGCUACACGGAAGCUGAAACCAUUGUGAAUGUGCUGGACUUCAAGAAGGACGUCGGGCUCUGGCAUGGCAUCCUAACAAGUGUCAUGAACAUGAUGCAUGUGAUCAGCAUCCCAUACUCGCUGAUGAAGGUGAAUCCUCUCUCCUGGAUCCAGAAGGUCUGCCAGUACAAAGCAAAAGUGGCAUGUGUGAAAUCGAGGGAUAUGCAUUGGGCAUUAGUAGCACACAGAGAUCAGAGAGACAUCAACCUCUCCUCUCUGCGAAUGCUGAUCGUGGCAGACGGAGCGAACCCCUGGUCUAUUUCUUCUUGCGAUGCAUUUCUCAAUGUCUUCCAAAGUAAAGGCCUUCGACAGGAGGUCAUCUGUCCCUGUGCCAGCUCGCCAGAGGCCCUCACUGUGGCCAUCCGGAGGCCCACAGAUGACAGUAACCAGCCACCAGGCCGGGGCGUCCUCUCCAUGCAUGGGCUGACCUACGGGGUCAUUCGUGUGGACUCGGAAGAGAAGCUCUCGGUGCUUACCGUGCAGGAUGUUGGCCUCGUGAUGCCUGGAGCCAUAAUGUGUUCGGUGAAGCCAGACGGGAUUCCUCAGCUGUGUAGAACAGAUGAGAUCGGGGAGCUGUGCGUGUGUGCAGUUGCGACGGGCACGUCCUACUAUGGCCUCUCUGGCAUGACCAAGAACACCUUUGAGGUAUUUCCCAUGACGAGCUCUGGGGCUCCGAUCAGCGAAUACCCGUUCAUAAGGACAGGCCUGCUGGGGUUUGUGGGUCCUGGGGGUCUUGUCUUCGUGGUGGGCAAGAUGGACGGCCUCAUGGUGGUCAGCGGGCGCAGGCACAACGCUGACGACAUUGUGGCCACCGCGCUGGCUGUGGAGCCCAUGAAGUUUGUCUACAGAGGAAGGAUAGCCGUGUUCUCCGUGACUGUGCUGCACGACGAGAGGAUCGUGAUAGUGGCUGAGCAGAGGCCCGACUCCACAGAGGAGGACAGCUUCCAGUGGAUGAGCCGCGUGCUGCAGGCAAUUGACAGUAUACAUCAGGUUGGCGUUUAUUGCCUGGCCUUGGUACCAGCAAACACCCUCCCCAAAACCCCGCUUGGUGGCAUCCAUUUGUCAGAAACAAAACAGCUUUUUCUGGAGGGCUCUCUGCACCCCUGCAAUGUCCUAAUGUGUCCUCACACCUGCGUCACAAACCUGCCUAAGCCUCGACAGAAGCAGCCAGAAAUCGGCCCCGCCUCUGUGAUGGUGGGGAACCUGGUCUCUGGGAAGAGAAUUGCCCAGGCUAGUGGCAGAGACCUGGGUCAGAUAGAAGAUAACGACCAGGCCCGGAAGUUCCUGUUCCUCUCGGAGGUCUUGCAGUGGAGAGCGCAGACCACCCCAGACCACGUUCUCUACACGCUGCUCAACUGUCGGGGUGCGAUCGCGAACUCGCUGACCUGCGUGCAGCUGCACAAGCGUGCUGAGAAGAUUGCCGUGAUGCUGAUGGAGCGGGGCCACCUGCAGGAUGGUGACCAUGUGGCCUUGGUCUACCCCCCAGGAAUAGACCUGAUCGCAGCGUUUUAUGGCUGCCUGUAUGCAGGCUGUGUGCCAAUAACCGUCCGCCCCCCGCACCCACAGAACAUCGCGACAACGCUGCCUACCGUUAAGAUGAUUGUGGAGGUGAGUCGCUCUGCCUGUCUGAUGACAACACAGCUCAUCUGUAAGUUGCUACGGUCCAGGGAGGCGGCGGCAGCUGUGGACGUCAGGACGUGGCCCCUCAUCCUGGACACAGAUGAUUUGCCAAAGAAGCGGCCUGCCCAGAUCUGCAAACCUUGCAACCCAGACACCCUUGCGUAUCUCGACUUCAGCGUGUCCACAACUGGGAUGCUAGCUGGCGUAAAGAUGUCUCAUGCAGCCACCAGUGCCUUCUGCCGUUCCAUUAAGCUGCAAUGUGAACUUUACCCUUCUAGAGAAGUGGCCAUCUGCCUGGACCCCUACUGUGGACUGGGAUUUGUCCUCUGGUGCCUCUGCAGUGUGUAUUCUGGGCACCAGUCCAUCCUGAUCCCACCCUCUGAGCUGGAAACCAACCCUGCCUUGUGGCUUCUUGCCGUGAGUCAGUACAAAGUCCGAGACACAUUUUGCUCCUACUCCGUGAUGGAGCUGUGCACCAAGGGGCUGGGCUCACAAACAGAGUCCCUCAAGGCUCGAGGGCUGGACUUGUCCCGAGUAAGGACCUGUGUGGUUGUGGCAGAAGAGCGGCCUCGGAUCGCACUCACACAGUCGUUCUCAAAGCUGUUUAAGGACCUGGGCCUUCACCCGCGGGCCGUCAGCACCUCGUUUGGCUGCAGGGUGAACCUGGCAAUUUGCUUGCAGCCUCACAGGCUGUGGACCCUGGCCGAGCAGGGGACCUCAGGACCUGACCCAACCACUGUCUACGUGGACAUGAGGGCCCUGAGGCAUGACAGAGUCCGUUUAGUGGAAAGAGGAUCCCCUCAUAGCCUGCCCCUGAUGGAAUCGGGAAAGAUACUUCCAGGGGUUCGGAUUAUAAUUGCCAACCCAGAAACGAAAGGACCACUAGGGGACUCGCACCUUGGAGAGAUCUGGGUUCACAGUGCCCACAACGCCAGUGGUUAUUUCACUAUUUAUGGAGACGAGUCCCUCCAGUCGGAUCACUUCAAUUCACGACUAAGUUUUGGAGACACCCAGACCAUCUGGGCACGCACAGGCUACCUGGGGUUCCUGCGGAGAACUGAGCUCACAGAUGCAAAUGGAGAGCGCCACGAUGCCCUCUACGUGGUUGGGGCCCUGGACGAAGCCAUGGAACUGCGGGGCAUGCGGUACCACCCCAUCGACAUCGAGACCUCAGUCAUCAGAGCCCAUAAAAGCGUCACAGAAUGUGCUGUGUUUACCUGGACAAAUUUGUUGGUGGUUGUGGUUGAACUUGAUGGGUCGGAACAAGAAGCCUUGGACCUGGUUCCCUUGGUGACCAACGUAGUCCUGGAGGAGCACUACCUGAUUGUGGGAGUGGUGGUUGUAGUGGACAUUGGCGUCAUCCCCAUCAACUCCCGAGGGGAGAAGCAGCGCAUGCACCUGCGAGAUGGGUUUUUGGCAGACCAGCUAGACCCCAUCUAUGUGGCCUACAACAUGUAGUCUCACCUCUUGGCUUCCAUGGACUUUUCUAGAGAUGUAAACAUUGUUCUCCGUGUCCACUGAAGCUUGCAGACACAGGGCAAUACUCACCAGAAUGCAGCCAUUCUGUGGUGAGAGUGGAGGAGGAAGAGAAGGAGGAAGAGGACUUCUCACAGCAGCCACGAUUGGCAUGGGGGUGAAAUGUGAAUUUACCACUGAAUUUCGCUCAGAAGGACUUUGGAUUACUGCCUUCAGCUCAUUGGAAAAGCCCAUUUCAAAAACUUUCUUUUCUUUUCUUUCUUUUUUAAUUAUUGGAUAAUAAGUGCUUUCUUCGUAAAUGUGGUAUUUUGUUAAGCCGAAUAGCAAUUAAAAAGUAUCCUGCCCUCUAUUGGGUUCUUUUAAACAGUUUAUGUAGCGUGACAAAGAAUUGUUUUCUCUGUUUUAAUGUGUCAUGAAAUCUUAAUGACAUGGAUCUGUUACUAAUUUAAGCCAUUGCUAGAUCUCAUCCUUUUAGGAAAGUUUGAGGUACGAGACAACCUUCCAAAUAGCACCUUUCAAUUAGAUUUUAGCAGCUUUCUUUGUCAGAAAUGUGCUGAAGAAACAAAGGCUGAUACAUGGCCUUUGAAGUUAGUAUAGAAUGAGAAGAAAUUAUAAAUAAGGUGUAUUUCGGCAAUUAUCUUGCAAAUAUCUUUGUACUAAACUAAAAAGAUAAAAUAAGUUAACUUCCUUAAUAUGUAAUUAUGUACAAAACGUUUAAUUUAUUUUGAUCUCUUUAGAACUAUAAAAGAGAAAAACAUUCAAGAAUAUUAAAGUCUUGUAAUGUUUGCUAAUAUAAAAAAGUGUUGUAUUAUCUUGCGUGGAUAGUAUCACAACAAAUAUAUAUAUAUGAAAUAUAAAUUCACUAAUGAACAAAGGAGAUUUUACAGUUGAAGAUGCAGAACUUGUCACUUGCAUGGUGUGCCCCCUCGUCCUCACACACACUCUGCUGUUGCAGCAGUCACAGAGCGCAGGAGCGCUGUCUCAGUUUCUUCUAGAACCAGAGACCAGCAAGUGAAAUUAUUGCCAUCUCAAGGAUGGUGAAAGGAUUUAAAGCUCAGUGUGCACUAUUUUUUUCUUUGCUGUGGGACAACAGUGAAUGUGUUUAUGCCAGCGUGUGCUGAUGAUACCGAGGGGUUUAGGUUGGCAAAUAGUUUUCUUAGCUGCAAGAAUUCAUUGCACAAUGUUUUUCAUCAUUUUUGUUAGUGUCAUCUUUUUUUGGUCCUUGCUAUGAAAAGGAAUGCGAUUCUGUGGUCAUUUGCACUGGCUUGCAAUGAUUCCCCCUCUGAUGGCCAAUGUGGAGUGGACAAAGUGUCCGGAACUCACAUCGGUGAUCGUCCCCUCAUCUUAAGACCUAGCCAGCUCUGUGUGAGCCUCCUGAGCACAGUUCCUGGGGGUUCAUGCCAGAGCUCCAGCUAAAGCAAGAAGUCCUCCAGCUGCAUCGUUUGCCGCCUGUGGACGACUGUGCCCCGGUUUCUGCCCUGGCAGCUCCUGGCCACAGCUUCUCAGAGCUCACCUGUGCACUUCUAAAUUGAAUUGGCCCACGGUGUCCAAGAAGGAGCAUCUGCACUCCGAGAAAGAUGUGUUCUGUGACUGCCCCAGUGUGACCUGCAGUGGCUCUCGGUGCUAGAUAUGCAUGACUAAGAUUGAUGCUGGGCAAAAUUUAGAUUAUUUUUCAUUAUGUUGUAGGCAGUGUCUUUGUCUGCCUUUGCUGUAUGCAGUCAGCAGUAAGCCUUUUGCUAAAAGAGUUUUGUUUGACUUCUGAGAUCCAAGGCUGAUUAUUGUAAAAAAAAAAAAAAAAUUAAGUGGCACAUACAAAAAAUUUGUCUGCAUAUGUGGUGCAUCCGUCCAUCUCCGCAAACCAUUUGAUUCUUGAAAUAUUGUUUGACCUCAUUGCUGUGUGUGAAUAUUUUUCUUCAUAUGCUUCAGAUACACAUUCCUAGUCUCUGCUUCCUAAGAGGGGAACCACCACACACAGGAAAAAAAGACAUUUUCUUACACCCACCCACCCACCCACCUUGUUUAAAGGGAAGUAGGUGUAGGGCUUCAGGUCAGACACUGACUAUGAAACAUUAAUUGCAGUGUGCAGGAAAACAUUGAGGUCCAGCUGAAGUCAGGAAGCAAAACAAAUUUAGAUAUCACUUUAAACAUAAUUUUAACUGUCACCAAAUCAACUCUACGUUCAAGGAGUGUGAACGCUGCAGUGCAGUUGUGAGGGCAGUUAGCAGCAGUCUCUUCUGCAUCCUGUCAACUCUGAUGUUAGAGUUUUGGCUCAAAAGAGUUGGUGGACUGAGAUUGAAAUUUCGUUGUGCAAGAAAAAGGAAAGGAGACAGUACCACCAGUUUCAGCAAUAAAGAAGGGUCAUUCUGUUUCAGAAAUUGUACUGUAGAUAUCAUUCAUGAGAAUGUAAAAAAAUGUUUGUCUUGUGACCUUGUGCUUUUGAAGUCAGACAAAACCGUGUAAUCAACUUGCACAAAAAGAGGGUACACAAUGAACAUAUAAACACAGACCUAAUCAAACAGGAGCAGAUUCCUCAUGGUGCUUGUUUAUUAUAUAUAUUUAAUCCUGCUUGACACUUUACCCAAGGGAGAUGGUCCCUUUUAUCAGUUGAAUGUUAGCAGCGUUAUUUCAGAGUGUGGUGACUGGUUAGAGAAAUUCAUGUACUCAACCAAUCACGGUUUCAAACAAAAUUUUUAUGUGCAAAGGACAGCAACCUUCUUGUAUGUUAAACCACCAGUACGCUUUGUACAUCUGUGAUAACGCCUGUUUUAUAUUCAAAUGAACAAAUAAAAGCUUUUAUUUUUGUUGCUCUGAAAAUAGCAGUUUCUUAAUUGGUCCCCUGGAAAGAUGUCUGGGACAGCUUUAAUCCCAAGAAGGAAGUCACUCCUGCAGGGAAAUGUAUCUGACUCUGUUUACAUAAUUUGUUUGCAUUACUUAGUACAGAUAAUCAUACUUUGAACAAUGUUUAAAUUUUGAUGUGGGCAUUUAUUGCUAAAAAUAAUUCCUAUGGCAACUAUGUUUUGUGAAAUGUUUUUUAAUUCUUUUAAAUAUAUCUAAAUAUAUUUGUUCACAUUUUG